AUGUUCAGGACCAUCUCAUUCUUUGGGCUUGCAUGCUGGGCUCCUGAUGUUCUCAGUCAGGAUCCUAACUCUAUGUAUAACUUGCUCCAUGAGCACAUUGCUCUUGUGACCUUCGAACAGGUUGCCGCUGGCUUUGGCUAUUCGCAUCUUGGGAUUGAUCUGAGCCUAAUUUGCAAUUUCACUCUCAUGCGAAAGCUCUAUUGCAACUUUGUUUAUUCUUACAUGCAUGGCAUUGCCAAAUCGGAGAACGAUGAGGUUGCGGAGGGGGAUUCAGGCUCUCAGCUCACCUAUCACAUCAACAUUAAGGAUGGUCGCUCAACUAAAGUGAAGUCAUUCUUUCGGAUGCUUGAUUCUCAGCCAAAGCGUCGAAAUUGCAGGGCAGAGCAUACUCGUGAAGACCCUCUCACUCCUCUUGAAUCAGAGCUCUUCGCCUUGCCAAAGUUUACUCCAAUUGACUGGUUUGACCCAGGCUACUGGCAUACCACCUUAACUGUGCAUGAGCGUCUUGACUAUAUAGAGCAUGGCGUCCACAUUGGCCUUCCUCUCGCAGAGGAUUGUCAGACCUGGGAGCAGUGCAGUUUAUGGAAGAACCUACCAGUGGAAGAGUUUAUGGAAACAUAUGGAAAUGCAGUGCUGGCACUGUACAAGAUGCCUACAGCGGAAGAGGUUGAGCAGCUUCGACAGUGGGGGGAAGAACUUGAAGAGUUGGACUUGGAGGCUCAACUUGGGGAUGAGGGAUCUGGGGAUGAGGGAUCUGGGGGUUAUGAAUACAACUCUAUGCUUAUGGAUAUGAGUGCUACCAUCAUCCUCUAUUUAAAGCCCAACAAAUAA